UGGUGACUGAUCAGUUCAUGCCUGCCUUAUAAAACACUCCCCCAACUCUGCAAUUUUUUUUAUUGAUUAAUUAUUAGUUUAAAAAAAAUCCUGUCAGAGUGAAUUAAUCUGACCUUCAUCUGACUUUCCUCUCUUUUUCACUCUUCUUUCCCUGUUUUUUUUCUUAUUUUUAUUUGAAUGAAUAUAAUUUCUAUUUUCCUUAGUAUUUAAUUCAAAGUCUCUGUUCCCAAAACAUUGAUUUUAUUGAACUCUUUUUUGGUUUUUCCAAUUCACCAAUAGUUUCUUCCACUUUCUCUCUCUUUCUUGCUUUAACCUUUCGCAAUCACCAACAGCGAGGCCGGUAGCCACCUCCGCUGCCUUGUCUACAAUAAUUCACUCUUAAUAGGGGCAGUAGAAAAGUUGCAAAUUACAAUACGAAACUCAAAGGAUAAUAUUCUCUCUCUUUCUUCCCCUCUCUCUCUCUCUCUUUUUUCUUCUUUUUCUUUCUCCUGUCAAAGCCUUCUGUGUUGCAGAAUUGACUUAUUUGAGCUUUGUGGAGUAGGCCAAAAUCUGGGUUUUCCUCAUUAAGGAAGGCCUCCUUUUGGGUUAUUUGAAGUUUUAUCAGUACUAACAGAUACUAGAGAAAGAAAGUUGAAGCUUAUUGGUUGAUUCUGAGAUUCCCUCAAGUUUCAGACUUAUUUGGGGUCCUAGUUGGAAUAAUGAUGAUGUUUGAUGAGAUGGGAAUUUGUGGGGAUAUGGAUCUCUUCAGUGCUCCUCUUGGGGAAAAAGAUGUGGCAGCCUCACAAACUGAACAGGAGGCCACAGUGGAGGAUGAUUAUACUGAUGAGGAGAUAGAAGUGGAUGAACUUGAGAGGAGGAUGUGGAGGGACAAAAUCCUUCUCAAACGGCUUAAAGAACAGAAUAGGGGAAAGGACGGGAUUGAUAUUGCGAAACAGCGCCAGUCCCAAGAACAGGCAAGGAGAAAGAAGAUGUCAAGGGCACAUGAUGGAAUUUUGAAGUACAUGUUGAAGAUGAUGGAAGUUUGCAAAGCGCAAGGAUUUGUUUAUGGGAUUAUUCCAGAAAAGGGAAAGCCAGUAACCGGGGCAUCUGACAAUCUUCGGGAAUGGUGGAAGGAUAAAGUCAGGUUUGAUCGUAAUGGUCCUGCUGCUAUCUCAAAGUACCAGGCAGAUAAUUCGAUUCCUGGCAAGAAUGAUGGCUCUAACUCAAUCGGCCCAACUCCACACACCUUGCAAGAACUUCAAGAUACAACUCUUGGUUCUCUUUUGUCUGCGUUGAUGCAGCACUGUGAUCCUCCUCAGAGGCGAUUUCCUUUAGAGAAAGGUGUUCACCCACCAUGGUGGCCUAAUGGAAAUGAGGAAUGGUGGCCUCAACUGGGAUUGCCCAAAGAUCAAGGCCCCCCUCCUUAUAAGAAACCUCAUGACUUGAAGAAGGCUUGGAAAGUGGGGGUUCUGACAGCAGUAAUCAAGCAUAUGUCCCCUGAUAUUGCCAAGAUUCGUAAGCUUGUAAGGCAGUCCAAGUGCUUGCAGGACAAGAUGACAGCAAAGGAGAGUGCAACUUGGCUUGCCAUCAUUAACCAGGAGGAGACCUUGGCCCGAGAGCUUUACCCUGAUUCCUGCCCUCCUUUGUCCUCAGAUGGAGGAAGUGGGUCUUUGGUUAUAAAUGACUGCAGUGAGUAUGAUGUUGAAGGGGCUGAAGAUGAGCUGAACUUUGAUGUUACAGACUGCAAACCUGGAAAUCUCAAUUCAUCUAAUUUGGACACGGAGAGAAUGAGGACUCUCCAACAACCACCUUAUUCUAUCAAGGGAGAAGUUGUCAAUAAUUUGGAUUUCAUGCGAAAGAGGAAGAAACCAUCCAACGAUUUAAACGUGAUGGAACACAGAAUUUACACUUGUGAGUUCCUCCAGUGUCCUUACAGUGAACUUCGCAUGGGUUUUCAUGACAGGACUGUCAGGGACAAUCAUCAGUUCACUUGUCCAUAUAGAAACUCUGCACAAUUCGGUGUUUCGAAUUUUAAUAUUAAUGAAGUAAAACCAGUCAUUUUCCCUCAAUCUUUCGGACAAUCUAAGCUAGCUGCACCAUCGGUUACUUCUGUCCCAACAUCCUUUGAUCUAUCAGGAAUAGGAAUUCCAGAAGAGGGGCAGAAAAUGAUCAGUGAGCUCAUGUCAAUAUAUGAUAACGACAUUCAAGGCAACAAGAACAUGAAUCCCGGUAACAGUCCAGUUACAGAAGGCCAAAAUCUUCUUCAACCGAAAAUCCAACCGCAACAGAAUGAAUUCUUCCGUGGUCAAGGGGUCAUGGUGGAAGGAAACUUCUACGAGUCCAGCAUGCCCCAUAAUCAUCAGAUAUUUUCACAAGGGGAAGGUCAAUGUGACCGGUUUAAGGGCUUGAAUUCUCCGUUCGAGACCACCCACAAUAACAACAGCUUCCAAUUGAUGUUUGGGUCUCCAUUCGAUUUGGCUUCUUUUGAUUACAAGGAAGAUCUACAAUCUGUUGGGAUGGAAACCAUGCCAAAGCAGGAUGCUCCAAUCUGGUUCUAGUAACAAGUUCAAGGUCAGAGUGUAUUCUAUCCACAUAGUGCUACUGCACAGUUUGUUCCUGCAGGGAGAGAUCUCCUUUUUUCCCCAGGUUAAAGCCUAAGGCCUGGCGACACAUGCACUAGCUAAAAACUUCUUUUUACUUGUUAUUUUAUUUUUCCUCCUGUCUGUAGCUGUAGAAGUUAGCCAGUUAAGCAGGUCUUCAUCUGGGCUUCAAUAAAAACGUGGAAAGUCGCAUGAUCCUGCCACAACUGAUUUACAAUAGAAUGUGACUGUCUCAUAAAUAAGCUAGGUUGUAUUGUAUCUGUGGUCCUUUUUUUUUUUUGGUCUUUUUUCACUCUUUGUUUUUAAUAUUUAAUCAGUUUUCUACCAUUAUCAUGUUCGGUUGGAAUCUGAUUGUGUGUUUUGUACUGUAAUGGGUACAUAGGGGCCGGGUUGUGAUGAAUGGAAACUGUUGUCUUUUAAUGCAUCUUGUUGAUAAUCCCAUGUGAACUUUAGACCCACAGCAGUUAAUGGAAGAGAAUGCCUUAGUUGACCAGGAUCUCUCUUUCAUGGAAGAUGGUAAUGGCACUGCUGUAUUUUCGUGUGCGCGUGUGUGGUAGGGUCUGUUCAAGGACGGCUGCGCUCUCUAAGGUUCAUCCACCUGUCUUUGCUUGUUCAAAGGUUUGGAACUUAUCAUUUCCAUGGCCCCAUUUCAGGACCAAAAAAAAAAAAAACAAUUUUAUUGGAAAGGGUAUUGGAAGGAUAAUGAUCGAAACCCUGUUGGCACAAUGUUGUGAUGUUGCUUUCAUUGCAGGUGAGGUUAGAUCACAAAGAGAAUACGUUACUUUGAAUUUUUUUUUUGUCCAUUUCCUUUCCUUCCUAACUAAGAAAAUAUGUAAUUAGAUCACAUGGGUUAUUGACUUGUAAUGAUAAAAUUUAUUUAUUAUUAUUCAUAAUCUGCUUUAGCGGGCAUGAUUGGAAGCAGCCAAGCUGUUUCAUUUUAAUAUUAGUUUGAUAUUUUCAUGUA